ACUUUGGAACAACAAUAAGAGGGAAUGAACUAACAAAAUUAUCAUGUCCCUAAGGGUUCAUCUCUUAUUCAAUCUACCCCAAUAUCCCAUAACAGGGAUUUCAAUUGUCUUGAUUUUUGUUGGGGUAUGUAGCGUUGCAGCCUCUGUCUUUGGGUUCAUUGAAGUAAUAUGGGGCAGUUACAUUGCUGCAGGUGCAUGGGGUGGCGGCAUGGCUGUUGUAACAGGUCUAUAUGGAGCAGGAGCGGCAUACAGCAAAGGUGUGCAUACUGUUAUGUCUUUCACGAUUGUGGCAUUCUUCUGUUGUUUGGUGUCUGUAGGUCAGGGUGUAAUGUCAGCAGCUGGUCUGGAUUUCAGUAGUGGGUUUUAUUCCAAUGGCGAUUUGUAUAAAGAUAUUAAUGAAGGAAUGACUAAGUUGAUUCAUGCCAUUCUCUCGGGAACAGCAGGAUUGCAAUUCGUUCUCGCUUUGAUUUUAGCUAUUAUUUGUACUAGGCACAUAUGCAUUGGUCGGAAACGAGAAAAAGCUAAUCAGAAAAAUUUGCUGUAUGGAUCUAGCCCUUUCCAGCGUGGUAAUGAAAGAGCAAGCUCCUCCAGUCAAGCUCCAUUAGUUUCUGGUUCAGGGAGAAAAAAAGCAAAGAACAAAAGACAAAAGAGCAAUUCAAGAGAACAUCAUGUAUCCAAUCAAAAUCAUACUCCAACAACAUGCACACAUCAUCAAACAUUUACAGAUUCUGAACAAAAAGUAAGAGGACGCAGGUUUGGAAAUAUGCCUGUAGCAGGUGCUAAUGUUGUUGAAGCACAAAAUUUUAGUAGAAAUAACAGUAGAAAUUCAUCAGUUCGUGGCCACAGAGGAAUUGCAAAUGCUAAUGAAUCUAUAAGAUCAUCAAGGAGGAGACAACGACCACCCUUACCACUACAGGGUUCCCGUUAUGAUCAUGAAACACAAGGAUUACUGACACAAGUUCAGAAUAAGUUGGCUCUGGAAUCUGGUGACACAAGUUUUAUUGAUGACCCUGUUCCAGAAGUAAUGAUUGUCCCAAGAGCAUCUGUUUCUGAAUUUGACUUAUUGGAGGAUGUAGUGAUAAAUGAUAACAGAAGAUCAUGUGACCCUUCUCCAAAUUUCAUCCCAAUCACAGAUACCCAUAAUCAGCCAGUGUCUAUUGAAGAUGAUGAUGAGUUACCUCCAUAUGAAGAAACUGUGAUGAAUACUGUAGAAAGGACACAUAUUUCUGAGUCAUCAUUGAGAAGUAACACAGAGGAAGAAAUCAAUGAUCUUGAUAACUUUGACAGACAUAGCGAUUCACUGACUUUUAAUUCUGAUUUACAUUCAUCUUCAACAUUUAGAUCUGAGGAAAUGCAGUCAAACAAGGGGAGCAUUAGGCCUGUUUCUUAUUUUGAUGAGCCACAAAACCCAAUGCAAAGGGAGAGAAGUUACACACUGGGAACUGUACCAUUACCACAAACCCAUUUGCUUGAUCCACUGAGAGAAAAAUUCAUGCAGGAUUACUUCUUUACAGAGCAAGAUCCCCAAGGGGUAUCUUACUGUGAAUUUUCGCGUGAAGGAGAUAAAAUUAUUGAGCAAAUGAUACCAAAGCAUAAUGAUGACUCUAAGUACAGUGUAGAAAGAGCUUUGCAAAGAGAAAAUUCAUUAAAAAAUACAAGAAAACCUAGUGAAGCUCCUGAAUCUAAAAGUAAUGAUUUCUGUUAUCCAAAACCAUUUUUCCCAGGAGAAAUUGAUCCCCGUCGGCUCUCCAAAGCUUCAACUGUUUCUUUGCCUGCUGGAUUUGCCCCUCCAAAACCACCAAGAAUAUUUACUGUAGAAAUGAGUUCUUUACAAUCUCCAUUGAAUGAAAGUCAAGAACUAGCAAAACCUGCUGAAAGAAAACCAGUACAACCAUUGAAAAUUGACUUGAGUCAAGUUGUACUUAGAAGGAAAAAAUCAAGUUCACACCCUCCUUUUAAUGGAGCUUCAAAUACACAGUCUGUUUCACCUGGGGUAUCAAUGGAAGCAGUGGAAUCAAGAAAAACAGGAUCAGAAUACAACAAGGAUACAGUUACUCCACUUUCUAUUAAAACAUCUCAUGACCCAUUUUCUUCAUUUUCCCAAACAAAACCAUAUGCCCAGUCAUCUCCAAAGCUGAAAAAUUCUGAGCAAUUAUCUCUGCCGGCAAUGUUGCCUGGUUUAUCACCAGUUUCAAACACCAAUGUCCAAGAAAAGGAAAAGUCUGAGAAUUCAGAAAAAGACGGUAGUUUCUUUAAUGAAGACAGAAAGGGUAUUAAGUCAAUAGAGAAGAAUAGGAAGAAACUAGAUGUGAAGAGAAAGGAUCCUCAUCCUUUAUCUCUCUUGCCAUACCUUACCAGAUCAGUGUCGGAGUUCACUAAUGGCAAUAGUAUUCAAGGUAUGGACAGAUCAGGAAAUUUGAAACAAAGAGAACAACAUGGCUCAGUUCAACCUUAUCAAGACGAUUCAGAUGAGGAUCUGAAGAAAUUUCUUGGAAUACAGUCUAAUGACACAAACAGUCGUUCUGGUGAAAUCAUCUUAAAUAAAAUGGGCUUAAAGCCAUGCAAUGUCAAAAGUCUAGAAACUGAAAAAGUAAACAAAAACAAUAACUCAAGCUUAUCAUCUGAUAAAGCUGAACCAAAUCCAAGUGUCUUAAAAGUUAAAUCCAUGCCAUAUAUCCAUGAAUCUGUAUCUGUACCAGUUUCUAGUCAAGACAGCAAUGCAGCCAGGGAAUCGAGAACCCAGUCUCAAGUGGAAUCUUCUUCAACACCAGAGAGCACUGUCAAUGAAAAUGAGGGUGGUCUAAAUCAUGAUCAGCCAUCCCAGUCCUCUACUUCAAGACAAAAACCUAUUUAUAGCAUUCUGCUAUGA